UCCUCCCGGAGCGUGGAGAGAACCAUUCCGGCCUGCAAAUUGCCUACCAACCUUACCAACCCCUUUCCCCCAUGUCCCAUAUGCUUCUCAAUCUUCGUUUCCCUCGUUGCGGGUCGCGUCCACUCUGCCUCAUGCUUUCUAAAGUAUCUACGAGCUCGUAGACACGACAAGUCCAGAGCAUGUUUAGGCUUCAUCUACUCGUGCUUUAUGCCCUGCUUUUCUGUGUACAGGCACACGGUGCCUACCGUGGUCGCAGCUUGCCUUAUUCGAACAACUCUCUUUCAACAACAACCAUUGCAAUCUCUGGAAUCGCUGCCAUAAAUUCCACCAGUCUGGCAUUGAACUCGACCAGUUCUUCUGCAACCGUCAAAUGGUCGACAACAUCAUUUGGUACGGGCCCUCGCGCUACGGGACACAAUGGACUCUCUGAGCCAACCGCAUCGCCGUCCGCCGUUCAAUCAGCUUCAAGAUGGAACACCACAACGAACGACACAGCAACCAUCACGGCAGCGUGUACCAUCAAUGUACCCAAUGCUAACAUCAAUUGGUGGUAUGCCGCUACUUAUGCAUUUCCGACGGCAAAGCUGUUCUCAAUCCAUGGGAACUACUCCAGAGGAUCGGGCUACAUGUCAGUGAUUCCUAAUACCGAGAGAUUCGACCCUGCGAGUGCUUUAUCAGAAGUCGGGUGGGUUGAGGUACUCACCUAUGACCCUGAUUGGGACGUCGCGUGGACCUACUACGAGCAGUAUACGGUGAAACCGACAGCAGCCACUACAUCGGUUGUUUCCAGGCUCAAACAUCCAGCUCCCACCAGCGACAUCAUCGCUCAGCAAGAUGUAUUCGACCUUUUCUCGUUUCAAGACCCACCUCCUGCGACUAUUCCUAUUGCUGUCGCCCAACAGACAGCUUUCGUUGCAACAUCGGCCACUCCAGUCUUGUACUUUUCAGCUUACGAGAUUGAGAAUGCUGUAUCGACUAUAGGAUCCGAUGGUUCCAUCAGCAGCAUCACUUCUACCAAGACUGUUGAGCUAGAUGUUCCCUACGCCUACUCGUAUGGCCUGAAGGGGAUUGAGAGUUCAGCUACUACUACAGCGGCCUUACCAAGCGACUUCCUGCAACAGAUCCCUGAGUCGGCAUGUGAGCCAGGCCAGUUACAAGCCGUCAUUACGGUACUCGUUGUCGUGGACCUGUAUCUACAGCAAGCGCCUCUCGCAAACCCAUUCAUUGUCCAUGUUGAAUCGUCCGUCUUGGGCUUCGAAGAGCCACUUCCCACCCGUGUUAAUGUACUAGAUACUGGAAGUUCGCGGGCUCCUCCUAUCACAUUGGAAAUUCCCUUAGUCAUGCAUACUGCUGAUGGAUUCGGUACGGCAACGAAUGACGAUAUCAUGAUACCAAAUGGAGUCCAGGACAGGGACCCAAUGUUCCCGAGCCGACCACGAGAACUGUGGGAACGAUAGGUGGCACUCCCGUCAUCAUCGACCCGUCCUCACAGGUGGUUGUUGGCACUAGAACAUUAUCACCGGGAGCACCAGCAAUCACUGUUGGAGGAGUGCCUGUCUCUUUGGUGCCAUCCGGUACCGCUAUCGUUGUUGGAGGUACCACAUCUGGUCUACCCAACGUUGUGGUGCCUACCGCGCAGCCACGCCCUCCGCCGAUCAUAACAAUCGGUCGAUCGACGCUGACUCCUAAUGCUGCGACACAGUUCUUCAUUGCACCGGGGCAAACAUUGACGCCAGGGGGAACGGCAACUGUAGACGGAACGGUAGUGAGUCUUGGACCAUCUGCAUCGUUCAUUGUCAUCGGCCAAUCGACC